AUGGGCAGCAUCAAGCGCAUAUCAAAGGAGCUGAGCGAGCUCACCGAGUCCCCUCCGGAUGGAAUCACAGUCGAGCUGGCCGAUGAGUCAAACCUGUACGAAUGGAAGAUUAGCAUGGAAGGACCCGAAAGAUCACCAUACCAUAAUGGAAUAUUCCACGUAAAGCUCUCCCUCCCAACCGAAUAUCCCUUCAAACCACCCACCGUCUCCUUCGUGACAAAGAUCUACCACCCGAACAUCACAAACGACGACAAGGGCAGUAUGUGUCUCGGCAUGCUCCGCGCCGACGAAUGGAAACCCAGUUCCAAGAUCGCUGCUGUUCUGGAAUUCGCGCGCCAGCUGCUCGCUGAGCCGAUGCCGGAUGAUGCGGUUGAGGGGAGGAUUGCUGAGCAGUACAAGAAUGAUAAUGGGCGGUAUGAGGAGGUUGCGCGGGAGUGGACGAGGAAGUAUGCUGGUGCGUCGCAGUGA